UCAGAAGAAGAGACCCAGCAUUGUGUUUCUGCUGUACCUCCUGUACGCUGGCAUUCUGGAGGCAACCAUCCAAGCAACUAUGGAUUUUAUUUUUUCAACACACUAAGUGACAUCCCGUUUUUAAACACUGGGAGUGAAAAUAGCUUUGUAAAGGUAUCAAAUUUCAGGCAUUAGGAAAUAUUAUUUUGUGGUUGUGGCUGACGGCCACUAACAAAGGCUGCACAACAGCAUGGAGGCAGGCAACACUGUGAGAUCAGCAACUGUUGCUUUCCAAAGCACGUUCUUGUGUGUAACCUACAGAUGGGGGAUGGGUGCUGUGAGACACAGAAUGGAAAGGCUAUGUGUUAUCUUCCAAAAGUACUGCAUCAGGUGAAGUUGGGCUCUGACAAAAUGAGGAUUCCUAAGCGUGGAGGCACACUAAGACCAGGUGAGGACGUGUCCCUAGUCCCUAUUCUGGAUUUUCCUGAGGUGCUGAGGUAUACCUUUUUUUCUGUAGAUUAUUGAGAAGUUCAUAUGCCAGAUGGUUAGUAUUGUUUCUGAUCACUGUGGAGGAACCUCCUAACGUAAGACUGUGACAAAGACAGAAGAUGUUUGCUCCGCGGUACAGAAUAUAUGUGGUAAAUGUAGAAUUUCCUUCAAAGAUACAUGGAAUACAGUUGCAGUUGACAAAGGUGAAGUGGCAUGUAACUGUGGGGGUAUGCAAUGUAAUCCUGUCAGCAAAUGGACCCUACAUUUGGUUGUUGUACUGUACCUCAUCUUGGUCCUGGUUUUGCCUAUGUGAAAAAAAUAUGUAACCUGUAUAAACUCUUUCAUAGGAGGAGUAACAAAUACUGCACAGUAUCAAAACAGGCUCAUGGUCUAUGAUCCCAAGCAGAAUAAGUGGUUAAGCCGUAGCCCAAUGCUGCAGAGGAGAGUGUAUCACUCCAUGGCUGCUGUCCAAAGGAAACUCUAUGUGUUAGGUGGGAAUGACCUGGACUACAACAAUGAUCGGAUCCUGGUUCGGCACAUAGACUCCUACAGCAUUGAUGCUGACCAGUGGACACGUUGCAGCUUCAACAUGUUGACAGGUCAAAACGAGUCUGGAGUUGCGGUCCACAAUGGCAGAAUAUAUUUAGUUGGUGGCUAUUCAAUUUGGACAAAUGAGCCUCUGGCAUGUAUCCAGGUGCUGGAUGUCAGCAAGGAAGGGAAGGAAGAAGUUUUCUAUGGGCCCACGCUACCGUUUGCUUCCAAUGGGAUAGCAGCAUGCUUUCUUCCAGCUCCCUAUUUCACGUGCCCCAACCUUCAGACCUUGCAAGUGCCUCACCAUAGGAUGGGCACGAUGUGAGAUGAGGAACAUGCGCGUCAUCAACAGUGGCAUGUGGAGGGCGAAAAUCAAACCCCCUGUACGGAAGGGGUCUUCGAAUCUGCAAAAAGAAUCCACCCCCAUGGGCUGCUGCUUUACUGUCACACAUUUGUCUUAAUGUCGGACCACAAUAGGCAGGAAGGAGGCUACAAAACCCUUGGUAUCUCACCUCUGCCUCAGCUGCAGAGGUUAUACAUGAGAGCAUUUUGCGUUUCUGGUAACUACUUGCUGCCUGUCUCUAUAUAGUUCCAUUAUGCAACUCAUAAGGCAUUGUGAUGCUCCUGGCUCCUCCCUGGGCUGCUCUUCUUUGGAGUCUGCACUUUCUGUUGUUCACUAAGGGCACUUUCAAAGACAAUAGGAAGUACUGUUUGUGUUGACAAAGAUGGUAUAAUACUGUGGUAAUUAUGCAAUUUACUUGAUACCUUUGGCAAAAAGAAUAACAAAUGUGUUGACUUCCAAUUCCAAACUCCAUUGUUUACAGUUUCUCAUUUAAUUAUAUUUCAUUUUAAAUUUAAAUACUGUGAAGCAGAUUAAAACAAAAAUAAAAACCAAACAAGCCCUAUAGUGUCUGAAGAACACGUGAAAAUUUGCAAAAGACAAAGAAGCUGAAGCUUCACAAUUAAGUGCAAGUCUGAACCAAAUAUGUUUGUCUGAGAGUCUAAAAAUCAUGUGGGAUGUCUUUUACCAAGGUCUACUAUCAAAUAAAUGUUAUCUUCAGUCACGUGAUCAAUUCUUCCUGACAGCUGCUGUCUUUUAAUUGUGGAGAACAGUCUCUUUACCGUGUAAUUAAAAUAUGCCACUUACUUAAUAUUUUUAAUAUUCAGUUUGUAAGGGGUCAUCACAUUUACAAUUAUCAACAAAUGGUCUCAUUUUGACCAACAUAUGGUCCCACAAAUCACUGGUCUCCAGAGGCUAAACAGCUGUAUAACAAUGUCAAUAUUUGUUUAUUCCUUGGGUUUUUAUGGUGCAUCUCCCUUCCAUACUCAGGCAUAUGCCACUUCAUAAUAAAUUCUCUAACCUAUUAUAUUUUGGCUUCGCUUGGCUCCUGCAGACCCUGUCUCUUAUUUUCAUCUUUUUUUUUUUGCAUAUCUGACAGCAACUUUGAUGUUUGUAAAUAUUAACCAAACAUAUGAUUAAAUCUUUAUUUAUGCUUCACGGGGACUAUGCACUUUUCUGCUUUACCUGCUGAUCUGUUCCCUGCUCCUGUGCUAUCUGAGCAGACCUGUGCAAUUCCUGCUGACAUUCACAAAAACGCCAGCUGUGGAAGAUGUCCCAGCAAGAGGCUGUGUGUGCUGGACAGGAAUGGGUUGGCAUUGCCUGGUGAGCAGCUCUUCCAGGCCAAACACAUCUUUGAAGGGCCUGCUUAGCAGUACAGUGAGGUGAGUUCUAUUGCUUUGUGCCAUCUCAGUCUCCAGAUGGGCAGGGUAGUCACAGCAUGUCACCUUGCUUUUUCCAGUAGUUUUCAGGUUAUAAAGUUUUGUUUGUUUGUUUUGUUGGGUUUUCUUAGCAGCUUUUCUUAGCAUAGAGCUAAGCUCCUGCUGCAUGGUUUGUACAGACAAAACCUUGAAAGGAGAUUGCAGUGAAAGGGUCAGCCUAUGCUUCCCAGUAACUAGUGACAGGGUGAGAGGUGAUGGCCUCAAGUUGUGCCAGGGGAGGUUCAGGCUGGAUGUUAGAAAGAAUUUCUUCCCUAAAAGAGUGGCGAGGCAGUGGCACAGGCCACCCAGGGAGAUGGUGAAGUCACGCUCCCUGGUGGUGCUCAAGAAACACGUGGAUGUGGUGGAAACAUGAGGGAUGUGGUUACUGGGCAUGGUGGGGGGAGUUGGGGGUUGAACUAUGUGAUUUGAGCGGUCUCUGAAAGCCUUAACGAUUCUAUGGGCUUCAAUGGCCCAGGCCUUGUUUCCAGUCACACGUGUGGCCCCAGGCCUCCCCCGGAGGGUCCGUGCCAGGUGAGUGAGCAGCUUUCGCACUGUGCAGAGCCAUCAGCGUGCUUCCAGACAACGAUGCGGUGGUCAUUCGGCCUGUCUAAACUCCACUGUGAUGCUUUUAUUCCUACCUAGGUCUUGUAGCCUCCCACAGCUGCAGCUCUGCACCACGUCUGAGCUGUUCUUCCUGGAGCUGAGCUGGGGUCACUGCCUCAUGCAGUGCAGCGCGCUCAAGGGCUGUGAGGCGGGAGCGUGCGGCAGGAGGGUUGUUUGUCAUGUUUGCUGUGCCCUUUAGACACUUUUACUGUUCUGGCUGUUAUCACCAAUUGUCUGCACUGGUGAAUAGUGAUUUUAAACAGCUGUGCAAGUGCACUGAAUUAGUUAAGAGGAGCACAUCCACAGAGCCUCAGGACAACACACAUGCUCCUAUUAGUGUCAGGAUGCUGCUCUGGCUCUUAAUCACCAGGCUCCAGUGAUUACACAGAGGCCUUUCAUUGCCAUUCUGUGGCCAGGUUUUUGUGCCUUGCUUUCCUAUCUGGGUCUUUCUGCUUUUGUUGCAGGACUACAGGAAGGUGCUGUGCUGCUUCCGAUGUCAGAAAGAGCCACACAGCCCUCGCAAAGUGAGCAAGUGGGCUAUGUGUCGCCAGGUGAGAAGCAAGAAGGGUGGCAGUGCAGGAGGCGGGUGGAGGCCAGGACAGCCCCAUGUUACUGCAGCUCUGCAGGGUCCUGGCUGGCAAAGGCUACUCGAGGUCUCCAAGCCUGCCUGUCACUGUGCUACCUCUCUGCACAGUGUCACUGGCUUCUCAAACUGCACCAGCUACAAGUUCCUGUGCACAAGUGCCAGGACUACCUCUUCUACUCCCAGUUUUGUUUUUGGCAAACAUAAUCCUUUGAACCCAAGCACUCUCUCUGAUCAGUGAGCAGUUUUGGUGUGUACCUCUGAGAAACCGUUCAGCUCAAUGUUCCUUCAGAGCCUUGAGGAUGCUUAGAAUAUCUCCAUGCUGGAUCAUUCUGUUCCUGGAGUGAGACCGGCACGGUGUGAAAGCAGCUGCCAGCACCAUUCACUUGGGCUCCCAUCUGGGUUGUUGUGCAAGGGAACGGAGUAGCUUCCAGCCAGCGGGAACUGGAGGUAUCUUUGCAACUGUGUAAUGCAGCAGCAUUGUGAACUGUUGAAACUGGAUGCCAGUGCAGUUCUGGGCAUUUUCUUACAUUUACUGAUUAAAUCUGCUCCCAGGUGCAGGCAGGCUUUUGGGCCACGGAGUCUGGAGAGCUGUAAGGAAGCGCCUUUGCACUCUUACUUCUGAUACCUUUCUUUGGGGGGGGGUUUGUUAGUUGACCAGAUUGCCAAGAAGGCCAAUGGCAUCCUGGCUUGUAUCAGAAAUAGUGUUACUAGCAGGAGCAGAGAAGUGAUC